CAGCGCGCUCCUUUCUUCACAUGUCACACUCUCGGUUGACAGUCACUCGAGUGAAGUUAUCAGCGGUGUUACUCCACCAUGGUGAAGAGGAAAACAACACGCGAGCAGAGCUAAGGAGGAAGGCUUCUUGUUCAUCCCUUCAGCUUCAUCUGCGACUUUUUAAGGAUUUACCUACUCACGAUGCAUCUGAGAACACUGCUUUCGUGAAAGUUUAAGAAGAAUUGCGCGUGGACUUGUUUUCGCGGCGGAAUGUCGCAGUGAGCUCGAAGCACGCCCGGAGAGCUUCUGAAUCUCGGCCGAAGUGACAGGACAGUCAGCCGGUGGAGGUUUACCUGAGCAGGUGAAUCAUGUCCAAGCCCAUGGAUCACGUUAAGCGUCCCAUGAACGCGUUCAUGGUGUGGUCCCGAGCGCAGCGGCGGAAGAUGGCACAAGAAAACCCGAAAAUGCACAAUUCCGAGAUCAGCAAGCGGCUCGGAGCGGAGUGGAAACUUCUGACGGAGUCCGAGAAGAGGCCGUUCAUCGACGAGGCGAAGCGACUGCGCGCGAUGCACAUGAAGGAACACCCUGACUACAAAUACAGACCCAGGCGAAAGCCCAAGACUUUAAUGAAGAAAGACAAAUUCGCGUUCCCCAUGGCGUAUAACUUGGGCGAGCACGAGGCGCUGAAAGUGGGCGGCUUACCGAGUGGAGCGUUUACCGAGUCGUUAAUGUGCAACCCGGACAAGGCGGCAGCGGCGGCAGCGGCGAGGGUGUUCUUCAGCCCCUCCAUGUCUACAAACCCCUAUUCGUUUUUUGACCUCGGCUCAAAAAUGACAGAGCUUUCUCCACCGUCUUUCUCAUACGCCUCACCUUUGGGUUACCCGACAGCGGCGACGGCUUUCUCCGGAGCGGGCGCACACACUCACACGCACUCCCACCCAUCACCGGGUAACCCGGGCUACAUGAUCCCGUGUAACUGCGCGGCGUGGCCGUCUGCGGGGCUCCAGCCACCCCUUGCCUACAUUUUACUACCAGGAAUGGGCAAACCACAGCUUGAACCGUAUCCCGCGUACGCGACGGCGUUAUGAGACUCUGAGAAAGUUUCUAAAUGUGAAGAAAAGAAAAAAAAGCGCAAUGCUCGUGGAGCAUGAACAUGUGAUGCCACGCUCGUCAUAUCAGAUAUCACAUGUGUUUGCGUCAUGAUUAAUGCCUCGAUGUAAGGUAAAACUCUCGGUGUGGAUAUUACUGACAAACGACAAUGUGCUGAAUUAAUCCAGAAUGAAUCCUUAUCAAUGUGAAGAAGAACCUGUUGACUCUGGAGCGAGUUUAUCAUGUGUCGCUGGUGCAGAGAAAUCCGCCAAUGCUGACUAAUUCCCACGCAGUUUUUUUUUUUUCUUAUUUUUCUUCAAAUCAGUCAUAUUGCUGUAAAUGUGCACAGUUUUAUUAAAUCAUAUCUGGUUAGAGCUGAUGGACUAGAAAUCAGGUGUAUAUUUUGAGUCUCGAAUACUAUUCCAUGGAUGUAAUAUUUAUUGUUCAGUCAGUAAAACUACCCUGUUUGUUGAUCGUGGGACACGAGAUUUGCACAAAGGGAGACCACGAGCACUUAAAAAGUGUAAUUUAUCGAAGCUAAAAAAAUAUAUAUAUGCCCAAGUUCCUGAAAUUGUUAAGGGUCGACAUAUUCUACAUCAGACGAGUGUCAGAAAGUCAGUCCGUUUUUUACUAACUCGAAGUGAAAUUGUAUGUUCUAUGUUUUGCAUAAUUCCACUUAUAUGUAAUUAAAAUGCCUAACGUUCAUUUAUUGAACAAGGGGGAUAUAAUAAAGCGUAUGCGGAAAAACUAAAUCAUUGCUCUGUAGUUCUUGAUGAAUGGAGAACAAGAUUUGUUUCUUGAAUGCCUUUACUUGGUCGGAACAGGUGAAGUGUAAAGUAUCCUCUAAAGGACGCUUUUGUUCCGGCUUUGAAUAGAA